AUGGAGGAAAAGUACUUGGGAGAUGUCUACCUGAAGGUGAAGGAAGAACUCAAGCAACAUAUUGCAGGGAAGCCAGUGGCAGUCAUCUUUGAUGAAACUCCAGAUGUUGAAGGACGAUGUGUACUAAACAUCCUCAUCGCACCACUUGAAAAGGAUACCUCGGGGAGAAUUCUUGCCUACCUCGCAGAGACAGUGUUUCUGGAGCAGUGCAACCAUUCAACAGUUUCCAUGGCGGUGGUGAAAUGUCUACAAAACGAUAGUUACCGGAGUGUAACUCCAGUUCUAUGAGUGGAGUGGAGCCCCAUAGGGGAGCUCUGCUCCUAUUGGUUUACCCCGCUGCCUAGGCAGAGAACAGCCUGAGACAAAAUUAUGCACACACCUGCAGCCAAUAGGAGUACAGGUGUCCCUAUAAGAGGGGACGCUUCCCCUCAAUCAGCCUCCUGAGAUAUUUAUCUUCAGCGAGACUAGAGAGGGUCAGCAGGGCCUUAAGUCCUAUGGGGCUCCGCUCCACUCAUAGAACUGGAGUUACACUCCGGUAACUAUCGUUCUAUAUAUCGUGGAGCUCCGCCCCAUAGGGGAGCUCUGCUCCUAUUGGUUUAAGGCAGAGCGUAACGCUCCAAAAUGUACUCCCUGCCGAGCCCAACACUUCCCAUCGAAAUGAAAAGGUCAGGACUAGCAAUGGCUGCGACCAAGUCCCGCAGUACUGUAACCACUGUAUACAAUACAUGAAGUCACAAUAUACUGCGUCAUCGGUCCAAAUCCGCCCCACAUAGUCCAAUGGCAACACCAAUGUCUAGUGGGCAGAUCACCAGAAUACGGGCCAUACUAAUCUGUACUAGCAGAUAGAUGGUACCUCAAUAUCCUGUUACAAUAAUACCGACCACUAAUGGAAUGACACAAAGUGUCACUCUACAUUGUGUACACGGUAAACCGCCCCACUCAAUCAGUGGAACCCCAAAGAUUAGUGGGCAGAUCCCAGAACAUGAUUCAUACUAAUCUGAACAAGCAGAUAGAUGACGUCACAUUCCGUCAAAAUUGUCAUGACCGGUCUAAUAGUACCGUAACCAAGGUUACUACUAUUAUCCCUCAUCAUUCCGCCUCAACCCAGUUAUUCACUGGUGGGCAGAUCAAUACAUGCCUUCUACUGUACUGAACAUGUCAGUCAGGAGUCAUGCUAUAAUAUGUCCUUCUAUCAGAAGCGGACCUGAAAGAGACCUGUCUCUUCUGUCCUGCAUACCUCUCUCCUAGCUCAAGUCCUCCCCUCAGCCACGCUGAGUACAAAGAGUUAGAAGACAUAUCCAAGAGAUAGAACCGGAUAAAUGGAGACGGUGACGACCACGAUGCCGCUGCACAGAUAUCCUCUACCCCUGUUCGUCUGAAAAGGGCAGUAGAAGCUGCUACUCCACGAGUGGAUUGGGCUCUUAUACCCUGAGGCAAUUGUCGCCCCGCUGCCUCAUAAGCUGUCUCAAUGCCUUCACAAAGCCAAUGAGACAGACGCUGUUUUGAAAGUGGUCUACCUAGUGCAGCCGCACCAUGACACACAAACAGCUGACGCGAUGACCUAAUCGCUGCUGUGCGCUUAACGUAACACGCCAAAGCGCGUACUGGGCACAGGCGAUGGAGCCUUUCCUCACUCCUCUCCCUAUGAGGAGGGGGAGAAAAAGCCCACAGCUCCACGGUCUGUGAUCUAUAUGAACUCCUAAUAACCUUCGGCACAAAUGCCGGGUUAGGACGUAACACCGCUCUGCUCAGAUCGGCAUUAAUGGCAAGGCAGUCGGGUCUCGUUGAAAGAGCACACAAAUCACUAACACGCUUAGCAGUAGUCAAAGCGAGCAACAGUGCCGUCUUCAUAGACAGCAUCUUGAGGGGUAUUUGAUUCAAUGGCUCGAACGGCGACUCACAGAGCGCUUCGAGUACCAAAGCCAAAUCCCACUGCGGAAGCGUGGCUCUAGGCAUUGGCCUAAGCCGCCGCGUUCCUAAUAAGAAACGUUUCACUAGAGGGUGGCUGAAGACAGUGCCUCGUGACAAGCUGAAAUCGCCGCUGCAAACACCUUAAUGGUGGCGGGCGAUCGCUGCUUAUCAAACAGACCUCUCAACCUGACAGUUCAUGGGGUCUACAUUCUCUGUGACACACCAUUGUGCAAAAACUUUCCAUUUACUGGCAUACACCCUGGAAGUGGAACUGGCACGUGCACCCUGUAUGGUCCUGAUUACAGAAUCAGAUAACCCACGGCGCUCUAGCCUGUCCCUCUCAGGAGCCAAGCCUUCAGUGGUUGGCCGAUUAUGGGCAAUCGCCCUAUCGAGCCUCCCGCCUGAGACAAUGCGUCCCGUCGAUGUGGAAUUGGCCAAGGUGGCGCAAUCAACAUCUGACUCAUCUCCGCAAACCAUGGAGCCCUUGGGCGAUCGGGGGCUACCAAUAUUAUUGACAGCCCGCCUGAUCUCACCCUGGCUAACAGUGGGAGAAUGCAGGACAGCGGAGGGAAUGCAUACAGAAGAACUCUCGGCCACGGAUGGUGCGCGAACGCGUCCCUUCCCAGUGGCGGUUCGUCCUGUUCCCUCAGAGAGAACCAUAGAAGACAAUGCGCAUUCACGCUUGACGCGAAUAAGUCCACCUCGGCUCUCCCGAACUGUUCCCAAAUCUGGAGAACAAUGUCCGGGUGCAGACGCCACUCGUCGUCUCGAGGACCCCCUCGAGACAUGAGGUCUGCUCCUACGUUCAAGUAGCCCGGAAUGUGUGCUGCUCUCAACGAGCGAAGGUGCUCGUGAGCCCACAGCCACAAUUCCUCCGCCGACCGGUGGAGUGCAGGAGACCUGACUCCUCCCUGGCGAUUUAUAUGGGCUACUGUGGUCCGGUUGUCUGACCAGACCAGCACAUCGCGACCCCGAAGGGUAGACGCGAAAUGGGUCAGAACCAGUCAAACCGUUUCCAACUCCAAGAGGUUGAUGUGGCGACUCGAAGGAGGCCACACCCCUCUUAUCGCUUGGGUCUGACAUGUCCCUCCCCAUCCCGUCAGAGAGGCAUCUGUAAACACUGGAAUGUAGGAGGACACUUUGCCUAUCGGGACUCCGUGCGUGAGAACGCGCAGAUCUCUCCAAUAGUUCAGAUCUGCACUGAGCGAGAGGGGAACCACCACCAACCGAUGAUGUUGACGCACUGGGUCUAGUCUUAGUUGGGCGAACCAUCGCUGCAUCCUGCGCAUGUGCAGGAGUCCCAGCGGGACCACGACGUGGGCUGACUACAUGAGACCCAAGAGUGACAUGACAUACAGCGCCGUUACCGUGUGAUUCGGACGAAACCUUCUCAGGGCUAGCAACAGGGCUACCCUUCGAGGGUCCGAAAUUCGAGCCCUCAUCAUCAGUGUCUAGCUGUAUCCCCAGGUAGACCACCUGAUGACUGGGCCAGGGUGCGCUCUUUUUCCAAUUCACAGCGAACCCCAGACGCGUGAGAUGAAUCACUGUCUGUGUCGUGUGAGUGAAUGCCAGCUCUGCUGACGGGGCGAGAACCAGUAGGUCGUCUAGGUAGGCUAGUAGCCUUAUUCCCUGACGACGCAACGGUUCCAGUGCCGCCUCCACACACUUGGAAAACGUGCGAGGUGCCAGGGCGUACCCAAAUGGCAUCCUCGUGUAUUCGUACGCCACCCCUUGAAAGGCGAAUCACAGAGACUUUCUGUGACGCGGCUGCACCGGAACAUGAAAGUACGCAUCCUUCAGGUCUAUGCUUGUACAAAAGUCUCCUUUCUGGACACAUUCCAGCAGACGUUUUGUCGUGAGCAUUCGGAAGGGCCGUUUGGUUACGCUCUCGUUGAGACUGCGUAAGUUCAAUAUCGUCCUCAUUCCCCCCGUCUUUUUGGGCACCAGGAAGUAAGGCGAAUAUAGCCCUUUGCUUCUGGGGAACUACUGUGACCGCCGCCUUCGCUAAAGGUUCUGUGAUCUCUGACACCACAGCGGCCACUUUUUCGGGCGUUUUCAUCACCGUCUCCACCACUCCCCUGAAUGGGGGUGGGGUCCGAUGGAAUUGGAUGGCAUAACCCUUCUGCAGCGUCUGGUCUAGCCAGCGUGAGAGGGUACAGAAGCUGUGGUACGUUCAGUAGGAAUUACCUGUAUUCCUCGAUGGCCCUUGCCGCCGCUGUUCCCUAGCACUGAGGUGGCGGAACAGCCCAAGGCGGGCCUCCCCUGAAAGGGAGAGGAAACAUCAGCGCGUUCUGAGAGAAUCGGGGGCACCAAUACGUUAGUUACACCCGUAACUCUAGUAUUCCGGCCCUCCGUGAACGCAGCACGGGUCUGAACUGCACUGACUGAGGCGUUAGCCUGAGACAGAGCGCCCUCCCCGGAUAGCGGUUGUGUCAUCAUGCCGUUAUCUGGCUGAGACUGUUGCCUGCUAUGUGAGACACUCACUACAGCACUCCUAGGAGUCUGUGACGUGAGGUCUCUAUUAGGUACCACAAGGCGGUGCCUUGAUAACUUUUUUACACUCGCCUCCUGUGUGUGCUCAGCUGCGCACCCCUGGUGGGCUGAGCUACACUCAGAGUGGUGAAUAUCAGCGCGUUCUGUGAGAAACGGGGGCGCCGAUACGUUGGUUACAUCCGUAACUGUAGUAUUCCGGCCCUCCGUGAACACAGCACGGGUCUGAACUGCGCUGACCGAGGCGUUAGCCUGAGACAGGGCGUCAUCCCCGAAUAGCGGUUGCGUCAUCAUGCCAUUGCCUGGCUGAGACUGCAGCCUGCUAUGUGAGACCUUCACUACAGUACUCCUAAGAGUCUGUGGUGUGAGAUCUUUAUAAGGUAAGCUAAGGCUGCGCCUUGCUACCUUUCUCCUCCUCACCUCCUGUGUGCGCUCAGCUACGCACCUUAGGUGGGCUGAGCUACACUCAGAGUGGUGGGGGAGAGACAUAGGGCGUGAAGUACUCUGAACGUUCUCAGACGUGUUAUGGAAAAAGGGCUCUCUUGUGACAAUGUCAAUGGGAGCCAACUCUUUAUUAAACACAUCAAAACAAACAGUCUCCUCCAUACCCUGAACAGAAGGGUGGGGGGGAAUAGUGGGCUCAGUUGUACCACGCGCUGAGCCAGCUCCCAUUCUCUCCCCCUCGUCCCGUCAUUGACAUCGCCUCUUAUGCGCCCCCUUAGGGUGCUUCCAGGUCGACGUCGUGAUCACCUCCCUUGCCGGUGGAAUUGUCGUCGCCACGGUUGCUGUUGUGGGGGCGGGGCCCACUCGCCUGCUGCUCGCGGCUGACGUCUGACGCCUGGCACGCCGCCUCGCUGUAGAUCCUACUCUACUGGGGGCGUUGGAGGUAGACGGCUUCUGUGGCGUGUGGCUAGACUUCCCUGCUCAUGGCAGGUGUCUUGCCAGCUGUUUCUUUUCCACGUCCAACUUUGCAAAAUGCUCCGUCGCCUCUUUGACGGCGACUCCGAGGAGACCGUCGUCAGAGAGGGGGGGCAUUGAGCAGUGACGCUCUGUCGGUCUCCUUCAUGGCCGUCAAAGACAGCCAGAGGUGUCGCUCCGUGACCACCGAAGUGGCCAUGGACCUCCCCGCACAUACAGCCGACGCCUGAGUUUGGUGAAGAAUAGUGCCAGAUAUUCUAGACGCCUCUUCCACCUCCUCACUCGUGAGCUCAGUUCUACCCGUUGUUAAACAGGACAGAGAGGCCGCGAGGAAGGCAAUAUUGUUAGCUGCUGCUAUAGCUUGGGCUCCCAACGUGAAGGACUUCUCUGCCAGCUGCGCUGUGAGUCUGUCCUUUUGUGUUGGCAAAGUGGCUUUUUUGGAGGAGGGCCAGGGACUCGAACCCGGCACUAGAUACGCCGCCAUGGCGCUCUCGAGCCUGGGGAUUCCCUUGGCAGCCAUCUCCCUUCCUUCCACUCUAGUGAAUGGGCAGUACGCUUUAGCUGACGAACGCGCCGCUAAAGGUGCCUCCCAUGAGCCCUCAACGAAUUUGCUGAGAGAGGGCAUGGCUGGAACCAAUGGCUCAGCCGCCCUUCUCGGCCGAGAAUAGGGUCCGCCCUCCAUCAUAUCCACUUCCGCAGCGGGGGGAAUGGGGGGCAGCGCUAUCUCUAGUCGUUUGGCAGCCCGCUCAAUGAGCCCAGGAAAGUCUGAGCGCAGAGAGGCCGCUGCGAAGGACAGGGCUACUGAUCUCUCAGAGCCUGUGUUGUCAUCGCCCAGGGAGCUACAAGACCUCUCACUCUCCACUGGAAAGGGGGUCUUGAAAGUCUGGGUCAGAGGGACGGAUUGUUCCAGUGGAAUAUCCAUCUCUUCCCCAUUCUCCCUGUCAUCCUCAGUCGGCGCCCUCAGAUGAUGCCUCAGAGGCUGAGGCUAGCACUGAGAGCACAUCCUCCAAGGGGAUAUCCUCCCUAAAAAACGCCCAGCGCCGCUUCCUCUCCUUUAAAGAAAGGAGGGCGCAGCUGGUGCAAUUAGGGGGAUUGCUGAUGCCCUCCUUGGCGUGCUGUGAGCCCAAACACACAAAACAUAAGUCGUGGGAGUCCACAGCCUUCAUGGAGGAGCAUUGGCAUUGAGCUCUGAAAAUAGCUUUUGGGGGUGGAAAAUCUCCUGGUGUGCUCAUUCUAGGACAGGGUUCUUCAAUUCCGGUCCUGGAGGGCCGAAACACCUCUGUUUUUCAUCCUCUCCUUCUAAUCAGGGGCUAAUUCAGACCUGGGACACCAGGUGAGUGCAAUUAAUGACCAGGUAGAAAUAAAAAACAGAAGUGUUUCGGCCCUCCAGGACCGGAAUUGAAGAACCCUGUUCUAGGACGACGUCGAUGACUGUAAAAUCCGACGGCGUAUCUCGUCCUGAGUCUUCUUUUCUUCGUCUCUUCUUGGCUUCUUCAGUCUAGUCCAGUCGCUGAAGAUAAAGGGAAGCUGAUUGAGGGGAAGCGUCCCCUCUUAUAGGGACACCUGUACUCCUAUUGGCUGCAGGUGUGUGCAUAAUUUUGUCUCAGGCUGUUGCUGCCUUAGGGCAGAGAGUAAACCAAUAAGAGCAGAGCUCCCCUAUGGGGCGGAGCUCCACGAUAUAGAACUACAAUAUCUCCAAUGAUGACGUCAUUGUCUUUGACAUAGACAAUGCUGCGUACAUGAAGAAAGCCUACAACGCUGCACUUCAGUCAUUGUUCCCCAACUCCCUGCACAUAACAUGCAUGGCGCACACCAUGAAUCUGAUAGGGAGUGCUUUCUGCAAACCUUUUGAUCAGCUGAACGCAUUCAUGCUAAGUUUUUCGCAGAUGUUUUACCAGGCAGGGGCACGCAAAAGAAGAUACCCUAGCUUCCUCACCACCAAACCGGGAGGACAGAAGAGAGCAACUAUGGCUCCCAAUCCAUGUGCAACACGCUGGAACUUAUGGCUCUCAGCAGUGCAGUACCUCUCAGAGCAGUUUGGCCUCUACAAGGGGUUCAUUGAGAUGGAAAUACAGGUAUGAUUUAAAUCUACAUGCAUUCUACAAUUGCUUAAGUCAUUGUCAUUUAUAUCAUUGUAAUAAUGCAGAAAAAAGUGGCCUACAAUUUUUGUAAGCCGUGGUGGCAUUUCACAGUGAGUAUAAGUAAUAUUGCUUAUGUUACUCUUUUUUUAUUCCUUGUCAUUCACAGGUGUGUGGCCGAAGAAACUCCAUGAGAUGCUACAAGAUCAAGAGCUGGUUCAGUCGCUGCAGAUUCAGCUGA